CAUAGUAAAGGACUAUAUGUUAUGUUAGAUGUUGUACACUCCCACGCAUCAAAAAAUGUAUUAGAUGGUUUGAAUCAGUUUGAUAGUACAGAUGCUGGUUACUUUCAUAGCGGACCUAAUGGAAGUCAUCCCCUUUGGGACAGCAGACUUUUCAAUUAUUCUGAGUAUGAAGUGUUACGAUUUUUACUGUCAAAUUUGCGAUGGUAUAUUGAAGAAUAUAAUUUUGAUGGCUUUAGAUUUGAUGGUGUUACAUCUAUGCUAUACCAUUCUCGAGGUGCUGGUCAAGGGUUCAGUGGACACUAUGAUGAAUAUUUUGGUCUUAAUGUUGAUUCUGAUGCAUUGAUUUAUUUGAUGUUGGCAAACUACAUGCUCCAUACAUUCUACCCCAAUUGCAUAACUAUAGCUGAAGAUGUGUCUGGAAUGCCUUCAUCAUGUCGACCUGUAAGUGAAGGAGGACUUGGAUUUGAUUAUCGUCUAGGAAUGGCUAUACCUGAUAUGUGGAUAAAACUGCUGAAGGAGGUUAAAGAUGAUGAUUGGAAUAUGGGAGAUAUUGUUCAUACACUUACAAAUCGAAGGUGGAUGGAAAAAACAGUUUCCUAUGCCGAAUCCCAUGACCAGGCUCUUGUUGGAGAUAAAACCGUUGCAUUUUGGUUGAUGGAUAAAGAAAUGUAUACACAUAUGGCUGUCUCAAGCGAUCCGUCUUUAAUCAUUGAUCGUGGAAUAGCAUUACACAAAAUGAUUCGGUUGAUCACCAAUAGUCUUGGUGGUGAAGCAUAUUUAAAUUUUAUUGGUAAUGAAUUUGGCCAUCCUGAAUGGUUAGACUUCCCUCGUGAUGGCAAUAAUAGUUCAUAUCAUUAUGCCAGACGACAAUGGAAUUUAGUCGAUGAUGAAUCAUUAAAAUAUAAGUAUUUAAACAAUUUUGAUAAAAGUAUGAAUCAUUUAGAAAAUAAAUAUGGAUGGUUAAAUGACAAUCCUGGGUAUGUGAGUUUAAAGCAUGAAGAUGAUAAAAUAAUUGCAUUUGAAAGAGGUGGCUUAUUAUUUGUAUUCAAUUUCCAUCCAACCAAGAGUUUUACAGAAUACAAAAUCGGUUUGAAUUUGUCAGGCUCGUUAAAAAUAGUUUUAAAUAGUGAUAAUUCAGAAUAUGGAGGACACAGUCGCAUUGAUAACAAUAUUACAUAUCCAACUAUCAAUGGCGAUUGGAGCGGUAGACAAAAUCAUAUUUUCCUAUAUUUACCAACAAGAACUGCUCUAGUUUUUUCUACAUCAAACUGAAUCGUUGGAACUAUGCUUGUCUGCUUUAUCAUAUAGCAAGUUAUGAUUUAAAUUAUGAUAUAUUUUUAUCAAAAUGAAUAUUAGUUUAUAUAUUUUGCAAUUUUAUUUUGAAGAUUUUAAUUAAGAAAAAGUCUGAUUUUGUUUUAAAAGAGAAUUGUAUCAAAUCUAUAUUUGUUUGAAAUUAUAUUUAAAAUCCGUAUAUCAUUAUUUGUACUAUUUAUGUAAUAACUAAUAAUACAAAAAAAUAUCUACUUGAUAGUUUCCCAAUAUUUUGUCAUCAGUGAAUAGUUGUAUUUUAUCUAAAAAUAGUUAUAAAAUGACCUAUGAUUAUAUGAAUAAUUGUAUGUCAGUUAUAUAUUUUUCUUAUAACAUAAACAUAUAUUAUUAUUGGAUAAUUUUUUAUGUUUUUAAUAAAACUACAACUAUUUCUGUUUAAAGAAAAGUUUUUACAAUUUAUAAAAAUAAUAACAAACUUUAAAGUGACAAGUGGUUAUAUCAAGCCAUUUAUAAGUUUACUCUGUCCAGCGAGAGACCCGUCAAUUCUGCAGAUUCCCCGCAUGACACCCUGCCGCCAACACUGAUUCUACUACGGCUACUUGUCGCGUGACCAUGUGCAAAAGAACCAAUAUUUGGUAGGCCACAGAGAGUUCUCUCACUGGACAGAGUAUAGUUUAAAUUUGCAUUGAAAAUCCAUACAGC